CUCGUUCUUGUGAGUGCAUACUGUGCCAAGCAGGGCAUGCAGGUAGCGGACUAGCAGUUGAGUAGCCUACUGGGUGAUUUGAGACGGUGACUUCUGCUGCAGGUGCUUUGUCUUUUCUUCGUUGCCGGACAGUGAAACUGCGAGACAACGGUGGAGCUGUGAUGGCCUCUUGAAACCAGUUAAACAAGUGUCUCAACAUCCUCAGAUCACAGGCAUUGUAUUAUAGUAAGUUGUGACCUCUUCAUUCACAAUUAUAGGUUAAUACAAUCAUUUAUUUCUUUAUUCCCCCCCAUUAAAACCUUUUUUUGUGAGUGGUCAGAACUUGAAAUAUGAAAAGUACUGAGUGGCCUUUUUUGAGCCAACUUACUCCACUUUAAUGAAGUCGCACUUUUGCAUUGCAUACAAUUGCCUCUAGCCAGCUAACCACAGCUGCAUGCUUCUGCUUAGCUAGAACAUCAGCAGGACUUUGACCUCUCUGGUCUUUCACAAGCCUGAGGUUAACACAUUUACUCUACAUUUUCUUCAUUUUAUCACCCUGGUUUCUCCAACCUCUAAUCUUUCUGUGUCUCCUCCCAUUUGUGGUAGCUUGUAGACCCUCCCCUUCGUUCACCAUGGAGGCCAGAGGAAAGUAUGACUUCAAUGGCAAAGAAGAAGAUGAGCUCAGCUUCCGGAAAGGAGACAUUCUAAAGAUCCUGGGAUCUCAAGACGAGUGGUUCAAGGCAGAGCUACAUGGUCAUGAGGGCUUCAUACCUAAAAACUAUGUUGACAUGCAAACGCUGAGCUGGUUCAAAGAGAACGCCGGUCGUGGCUCGGCUGAGGAGAUGCUCAUGUCCCGAGAGGUGGGUGCUUUCCUGAUCCGUGGCAGCCAGAGUUCCCCUGGAGACUUCUCCAUCUCAGUCAGACACGAGUAUGAUGUACAACAUUUUAAAGUUAUGAAGGAUAAAUCAUGCCAGUACUACCUGUGGACGGAGAAGUUUACCUCUCUAAACAAGCUUGUGGAGUUCUACAAGACCACCUCCAUAUCCAAGCAGAGGGAGAUCUUCCUUAGGGACGGAAGUGGGAAUGAGCCACGAGCACCUCUACCUUUAAGGAGUCAACCAGAAGUUCGGCCUUCCCCAGGUGGUGGUUAUGGUGGUCCCCCAACCUCAUCACAACACCGCAACAUGACAGAUCAAACUCACAACCAGAAGAGGUCAACCAUACAGGUGAGAGCAAUGUAUGACUUCACAGCAGAGGAAGCUGACGAGUUGGGCUUCAGUUCCGGUGAAAUCAUUGAAGUACUGGACCGUUCUGAUGCAUCAUGGUGGAAAGGUCGAUUGCGUGGCAGGACUGGUCUGUUCCCUGCCAAUUACACAGAACAGAUCUGAAGUCUUCUGAUUGCUCAGAGGUGUGGAAUCACUAUGCUAAGAGUCAAAUCCAUCACUCGCUUACUAAAUGCCUGUCAAUAAUGUACGGACUGGUCGAUUAUUUUCAAAUUACUUUUAUAAAACUGGCUGCAGAACUGUUGAGGAGAAGUGAGAAAAAGACUCAUGAAGCUCUUUGUUGCUUCUCUUUUUCAUAUACAUAAUCUUUUUUUUUUAUACAUAAUUUUUAUGGUACGAAGAAAGAACUAUACUAUUUCUCUUAUGUGUCAAAUUCUCCUAAUGACUAGACAUUUCCCUUAUAUGAAUUACUGAAUUAUACAGUACAUAGCCCUUACAGUGACCCCUCAGUUCAUGUUUAUAUUUUAAGAUCUUCAGUAGGACACACUAACACAAGAUACAGUGUUACAGUAAGCAAAGUUUUUAUGUUACUGUACCCAUUUUUGUAUUAAGAAGUGAUUUGUCAAAAUAGGCACAGGCAGAAGAGAUAUGAUUAUUGUUUUGUUAUACAAGAUGGAAAAUACGGAUGGCAAAUAUGGUAAUAACAGCGGACUUGAAUAAAUCUUUCUGCUUUCAAA